UGCUAAGAUUAUCUGCUGGAAUUUUACUCUACAUUCCUUCGAUCAUUAAUAUAUAUUAGUAUAGAAGCGACUUCUUACUCUUUAAUAAAGCGAACAUCUUUCUUUGAAAUUGCGCACAUAAAUUCAUAUAUUGUUUUCGUUUUCUUUUCAGUCGCAUACUGCCCGAACCAAAUCCUUGGAUGAAACGAUCAGCAAGGAAAAAACUGAUCCUUGCUCAUCUCCUAUAAAAAAGAAAACAAUAUAGCUCCUAAAAUUUUGAUGAAAGCAAAAUAAAAAGAAAGCAACUUUGUAUGAUUUGGUAAGUGACGACAAGUGUCACCUCAAGUAGUAGCUAAAAAUUUCAAAGGCCGUACAUACGCUGCUACUUUACUUGCACUCCGCCAAAGAGAUACGAAUAUGCUAUGUCUGAGAUAUUUUAUUCCCAUGCUUCUAGUUGCUAAUGCAGCACCUUACAUAUUCUAUCCAGUGUUCAUUCUAGCUACAAUUGCUCGAAAAUAUCCUUGUCCUUAUUGCAUGAUUAUUUUAGCCAUUUUAAUCAAUACGAGAAGCCUGUGGAGUGACUCAUCUUUUUUUACAUUUAGUCGAUACAUUUUUGACCCAAAGCCUUUUCCCAAAGAAUUCAGUGAGGCCGGCUAUAGGCUAAUUCGACUUUCCUGGUUACAGUGGAUUUCUGGUAUACGUACGAUUCACGUUCCAUGGCUCGAUGUUACCGUCAAAAUGUAACAGAUGGUGCGUGACUUAAAAAAAGCAUGUUGAAAAAUCCCUAUUUGGAUGUGAAAAUCAGAAAAAAAAAAACUAAUUACAUUUUAAAUUUUUUGUCCUUUUAUUUAAUAACAACCCUCCCUCCCUUUUGGGUAUAAGAUUUCCCUACACAUAAAAACCUUUUUAUAUAUUUGGAUUUCCCUAAAUUGAAACUGGCUCUAAUAGUUUAUACAUUUGCGUGUUCUUAGUAACUUCAUCUGUACAUACUCGUUAAGGCAAAAAUCUUUUAUUUGUUCCUUUCCAUUAAACAAAACCGUUGUCCCCCGAUGUCAUAAUAAGUCGCCCCUAUAAAUACCUUAUUGAGAAUGUGUCGAAUGAGACACAUCUUUAUUUCCGUUUAUUGAGUCUUUUAUACAAGUCGAAUCCAGAUCCUUGGUUAAUAUUGCGCUUGGAUUUAUUUGCUACCUGAAUUCUGGAGUCCUCAUCUUCCUCUUCGCCCUCAUCAACGGCGUCAUUCUCUUGACCUUUCAAUGUAUCUCUUUCUGUUUCUCUCUUCCUCUUUUGAGAAGAUUGUUCUGUUCCUGCAUUGCUUUUCACUGACUCUUUCUUUUGCAAUUGUCGUUCAAUUUUUUUCCUCAGUGUAGCUGGAAGGCUUUUCAAACGCUCAUUCUUGAAAGCAAAUUGGGAAUUGGCAGAGGAUUCCUUGGCCAUGGCUCCCAAUCCUAAGCGCGACGGUCUUGCUUGUAAUUUGACUUCUUCAUUGGAACCUUCAUUAUCGAUUGAAUGAGCUUCUUCUCCUAACCAGGAGCGGAUUAUAUUUCUAGAAAUGCCUAUUGAUGACUGAAACUGAUUGGAAAGCACCGAUGCAUCUUUUUUUUGUUCCAUUUUAAACACACGUAUGUUUGUUCUGUGUCGACAGUUCUGUCUUUCUUGUCUUUUAAAGGGUAUAAGGAGGGCUAACGAAAUUUAUGAGAAAUGUUUCUAUUCCUUGUAAUUUAUAGAAGUAAGUAAAAACGAAAAUGGUUGGAACAACGUUUGUAAAAAAAGCCUUGGGUAUUGCAUAACUUGGAAACGAUGUUCAGACCAAAACUAUAGAGUAUGUUAAAGGAAAUGUUUCAUUGUAAUAUUACAACUAGGCGUUAAAUAAAAUAUGGAUUACACAUAGCACUA